CGUUUGCAAGGCAUUCAUAACAAUGACAGCAGUUGUUGAUGGAAGCACACGUGUACGUGUGAGUUCUGUACUGAAUCGAGAUACCAAACAGUUUGGUAAGAAAUAUCUUUUUGAUGGAGAGGAAGACACGUGUUGGAAUUCAGACCAGGGUUCACCACAAUGGAUUCAUAUAAACUUGGACUCGGACUGCAAUGUGGAGGAGGUACAGAUCAAGUUCCAGGGAGGAUUUGCUGGUAAAGACUGCUGUUUGGAGGCCCAUAACGGGGAAGAAAUACAGAAAAUCAUGGAUUUCUACCCAGAGGAUAUCAACUCUUUACAAAUAUUCAAACUUCCACAGCCUUUGAAGAUGUCCAGUUUCAGGAUUGUGUUCACCAAUAGUACAGACUUUUUUGGAAGAAUAACAAUAUAUCAACUUAUGAUACUAGGAUCAAAGAGUUGACAGAAGACUGAAUAGGUAUCAUCAUCAUCAUCAUCAUCAUCAUCAUUAUGUAAUGGGAAGGAAUUAGUAAGAAGAAUAUGCCAAUUCUCUGGGGAACGAACCCCCAGACUCCAGACAUUCUAGUAAGAUGCUCUAUCAUUGAUCUAAGGAAAAGUUCCCUCUAGCCAAAGCUAGUAAUUUAUGCUGGUAAGAUGACUUUCACACUAGACAAUGAAUAUACUCUUCACUGUCAAAGACUACUGCAACUCAGAUUCAUUUACUCCACUUCCUGGAAUUGGAAGGGUCAACAGCACCAAUUUGUAAUAGAAAGAAAGAAGAGAAAAUAAUACAUGCAUUCCCUGAAGAUCAAAAUCACGACAGCAGACAAAUUAAGGGAAAUUUCCUUAGCUGAAGCUGGCAAGGAGACUUUGACACUAUGUACAGCACACCAUUAUUUAUAAUUACACUGAUUUACAGAUCUAGAUAUUCUGUGGAAUUUUUUUGCCAGGAAUCUACAAAUUGCUUUUCACACAAGCAUUCUUAGAUUCAUUUUAAAUACAGAGUUUUACUUUUGUAAUCAGAAUAAUAUUACUUCCUUGCAAAGAAUUGAUUAAAAGAAGAUCACCAAUCCCAGUUCAACAUUUCUGCAUUUGUGAGAAAGAGGUUCCAGUGUCAUGAAAUUCAAUCUACUAGGCUGGAUAAUGGAUCCAAACACUUUGUUAUGCCUGUAAACAAAAUGUGAACAAUAUAUACCCAGAUAAAUAAGGAAGCACAUAUCCUUACCCAGCUUUAUAUGCCAGUGAUUUAGAUUGGGUACAGCUGGUCAUAGGUCAUGAGUUUAAAUACCUACUGUAAAAUGGAAAGUUUUUGUCCUCUUUUAUUUCGUUCCUAUUGUCCCAUUGAAAGGAAAUUUAACUCCACAUUGGGUAGAAAUAUUUCAUGUUUGGUAAGUAGAACUGAUAGGUAUAUGUGUAAAUGAAUUCAACACUAGGAAAACCAAUAUAAAAGCUUGGUUCAAGUUUCACAAAACAGCGUUAGCUUAAGGAUUCCUAUCCCACUGCACUGUGCUUUUUGUAUAGUAACCUCUAUUAAUUUCAUUUAAGAUAAAUUUGCCAAGACUCUUCCAAUGACUAGGUACGUGUAUGUCAGUCGGUUAGAGCGCAAGUACAACCAUCUAAGUUCAGGGUUUGAAUCUUUAUAUUUCGUUUAUUUCAUUUUUCUUUCUUUUUUCCCAUAAAAGUCCAAUUAGAUGCAAUAUUCUUUUCAGAAUUGAUUGAUCAAAGCUACAUGUUUAUCAAUGCCAGAGAAACGGUUUCCAAUGUGUAGUGAAGCUACAGUUUUUGGCAGCGGUAGGGUCCCUUAAGGAAAUUUCUUACCUAAGAUUUGCUUAGAGAAUUUUAAAUGAAAAUGUUACAUGUCUAAAUAUGACAAAAAUAAGUAAAAGAGAACUUGUUGAAAGAAAAGUGCAAAUAUUCUGGAGAAUGCAUUUAAGUUAUGCAAUCUGUCAAUAAAGAAAAAAUUAGUAUGGGGUACUUGACAACAUUGUCAGGAACAAAAUACCGUUUCAUUGAAAAACAUUUGUGUAAACCAAUAAUAUCUAUUUAUUAUGACAAAUUGUGAAAAAGCUGGUAAGAUCAUUUGUGUUUAUGAUAUAAAUAUGUAUUCUAUACAUAGCUCAUAAACAAACAAAAUUAAAACAAGAACACUAUU